CUCUGUCCACAUGGUGUGUCAUAUAGUCUUCUCAUGAAGGUGGUGGUGCAGCUGCUAUGAUGUGGAGGACUUGGGUGUCCAGGUUGCCCCUCCGGUCAGGACGUGCACAGUCAACCCUUGCCCACCUCCGGGGUAUUUUGAACAAGGAGAUUGAAAAUAUAAAGGAAGCAGGCACCUGGAAGGGCGAAAGGAUCAUCACCUCGAAACAGGGACCCCACAUCACAGUAGACGGGAAGAACACAGGCAUCUUGAACUUUUGUGCCAAUAACUACCUUGGUCUAUCCAGCCACCCGGAGGUCAUUCGUGCCGGACAUGAGGCACUGGAAGAGUAUGGGGCUGGGUUAAGCUCAGUGCGAUUUAUUUGUGGUACUCAGAAUAUACACAAAACUCUUGAGGAGAAGAUUGCACGGUUCCACCAAAGAGAAGAUGCCAUUUUGUACAUCAGUUGUUUUGAUGCCAAUGCCGGCCUAUUCGAGGCCAUGCUGACCCCUGAAGACGCAGUGUUAUCGGACGAACUGAACCAUGCCUCCAUCAUUGAUGGCAUCCGCCUUUGCAAGGCCAACAAGUACCGCUAUAAACACAUGGACUUAAAUGACCUAGAGACCAAACUGAAAGAAGCCCAGAAACAUCGACUGCGUCUCAUAGUGACAGAUGGAGUGUUCUCUAUGGACGGCGAUAUUGCCCCUCUUCGGGAGAUUUGUGACCUUGCCAAGCAGUACCAUGCCCUGGUGUUUAUAGAUGAAUGUCAUGCCACUGGUUUUAUGGGACCAAAUGGACGGGGCACAGAUGAGCUGCUAGGGGUCAUGGACCAGGUGACCAUUGUAAAUUCCACACUUGGGAAAGCACUAGGCGGAGCUGCAGGUGGUUAUACAACAGGCCCAAAGCCUUUAAUCGAUUUGCUAAGACAACGCUCCCGACCUUACCUAUUCUCAAAUACUCUUCCUCCACCUGUGGUUGGCAGCGCCUCCAAAGCAUUGGACCUCUUGAUGGAAAGCAAUGAAAUCGCACAAUCUAUGUCUGCAAAAACUGCACGGUUUCGUAACAAGAUGGCAGCUGCAGGCUUCACCAUUUCUGGGAAGGAUCAUCCAAUCUGUCCUGUGAUGCUCGGAGAUGCCAGACUUGCUGCAACAAUGGCCGAUGAGAUGCUAGAAAGAGGCAUCUAUGUCAUCGGAUUUAGCUUCCCAGUAGUCCCUAAAGGCAAAGCUCGCAUUCGGGUCCAGAUUUCUGCAGCUCACAGUGAUGAGGACAUUGACCGCUGUGUGCAGGCCUUUACAGAGGUGGGCCGGAAGCUUGGCGUGGUGUCCUAAGAGAAGAGGACCUGACCGGCCAGCGGGAAUUUUAAGUAACUAUUCUCUGCAGCACGGAAGAACAAAACUCAAAGAAAAAACUUGAAAUACUAUUUGGGGACUGUGGGGGAGAUUUCUCAAAACCUGUCCAGAGGAAAAGUUGCUGAGUUGCCCAUGGCAACCAAUCAGAUCGCUUCUUUCACUUUUGAAAAGUCCUCUGAAAAAUGAAAGAAGUGAUCGGAUUGGUUGCUAUGGGCAACUCAGCAACUUUUCCUCUGGACGGGUUUUGAUAAAUCUCCCCCUAUGAGUAAAAAGAUCCAUUUGUUUGUGACUGUAAAUAGAAUAGAAUGCAGAGUUUCAUGCAAAUAUUCAUCUAAAAAACAUUGAUAAAUACAGUAGAAUACCUGCGACUCCAGCUUAUUUCUAGCAGUGUGAGAUGGAGAUGACUUGAACUAUAACUCAUAUCAUUCUGUCCUCAAUAAAAGCAGCUCUGUUCUAUUAUG